UUCUGGUUCCCUGCUGUUUUGGUUCCAUACCUUUCUGGCUCAGUUCUGGAUGAAGACCGACUUUGUGUUUCUGCCUGGCAUGUACAAGGUUCUAGAGUCUGGUUAUGACUGUAGACUACAGAUGAUCAGGAAAUCUGCUCCCUAAUAACUAUAGGACCUGACCACUCACUAUGCCGUAACCUGUGUGCAAAGCUCCUUCACCUCUAGCUGCUUGGUCCCACUCACAGGGAUUCAAAAUCAAAAGCCUUCAGGUGAAUGAGCUCCCUAUGUCCCUCAGAGCUACUGAAUCCCUCUCAGCAUUACAUUCCAGAAAGGUCUCGAAUCCAUCUCUUUCAGAUCCACUUCUGACUUUACCGGUGUACCGUGCAAUGGCAAACAUGGUGCUGCUUUACUAAUUAACUGUUCUUUGGAACAGUGUAUCUACAAGUCUUCAUCCAUUACUUUAUACGCCUUUGUGUAGCAAUGUCGUUAAUAAUUCUUAAUAACCGAUGCACUGCAUGUGGCUUUGCAGCAAAGCCUCCACCUCAACGAAUGAAUGUAAAUGCGAACAUGAGAAAGUACAGUACUACAUGCAAAUGCAAAGGACGUGCGGCUCUAGUCACCGAUGCGGUCGGACAGAAGAGCCUAGUUGCGGAGCUAACGUCGGUGCCGCGCGACCUCGUGCUCGGCGCUCGCGCGCACUGUCCAUGGUGCUGAGCCGCCGCUGUUCCGGUCGCGGGAACGCUAACACAGCAGGCGCUGCGCUCGAGCACCGUGGAGCCGUGGAGCCGUCAGGUGACCCCCCGCGCGCCCGUAGCCUCGUGGACACAUCCGGGCUCCCGCCCGCGCGACUCCAGCCCACGAAGAUGGCCGCGCUCGACAGGAGCUGCUCGGCGUCCGUGCAGCGCGCCGCCGGCAAUGCGCUCCCACAGGGGCCGAGCGGGGACGAGGACGACGGACACAACCUGUGGUCUUCCAUUCUGAGCGAGGUGUCCGCGCACUCGCGCUCCAAGCUGCCCUCCGGGAAGAGCGUCCUCGUCCUGGGUGAUGUGGGCUGUGGUAAAACCACCUUGGUGGCCAGGCUGCAGGGAGUGGAGGAGUACCUGAAGGGCAGAGGCCUUGAGUACCUCUACUUCAACGUCCAUGACGAUGACAUUGAUGACGACACGCGGUGCAAUGCUUGGGUGCUGGAUGGUGACCUCUAUCACAAGGGCCUGCAGAAGUUUGCUGUGAACCGGGACAACGUGUCCGACAGCGCUGCCCUGCUGGUGGUGGACAUGUCGCGGCCGUGGACCGCCAUGGACUCCCUGCAGAAGUGGGCCGGUGUCCUCCGCGAGCACAUUGACAGGCUGCGGCUCCCCCCAGAGUCGAUGAGGGACAUGGAGCGAAAGCUGGUGCGGCAGUUCCAGGAGUACAUGGAGCCGGGUGGUGACCUCAGCAGCUCCCCCCAGAGGAGGAACAUCACAACGUCUGACACUGACGGGGAGAGCGUGUUAUUACCCCUGGGAGAGAGCACUCUGACACACAACCUGGGAGUGCCACUCAUAGUGGUGUGUACCAAGUGUGAUGCUGUCAGCAGCCUGGAGAAGGAGCAGGACUACAGAGAUGAGCACUUUGACUUCAUUCAAUCACACAUUCGCCGCUUCUGCUUGCAGUAUGGUGCAACACUACUGUACACAUCAGUGAAGGAGAAUAAGAAUUUGGACAUCUUGUAUAAGUACCUUGUCCAUAGGCUUUACGGCUUUCCCUUCAGCAUUGCGGCUCAAGUUGUGGAAAAAGAUGCAGUGUUUAUCCCGGCAGGGUGGGAGAAUGAGAAGAAAAUUGCCAUACUGCACGAGAACUUCCAGACCAUAAAAGUGGAGGACAACUUUGAGGAUGUAAUAGUGAAGCCACCCGUGAGAAAGUUUGUGCAUGAAAAGGAGAUCUUGGCAGAAGACGACCAAGUGUUUCUAACAAAACUGCAGUCCCUGACAGCAAAGCAGCCUGCGGCGGCAGCCGGACGACCUAUGGACACAUCGAGCAGAGCCCCGGGGGGGUCACCGAGGACCACAAACCGCUCAGCAGCCACCAAUGCAGGCAGUGCAAUGCCCAUGCAGACAGGUGGACAGACGAGCGAGGGUGUCCUCGCCAACUUCUUCAACAGCUUGCUGACCAAGAAGGCUGGUUCCACUGUGCCGGGUGGCAGUCCAGCUGGGGGAGGGGUCAGCACUCCUGGCACAGUGCGCAAGUCAGGGUCCAAGCUGGGUUUGACGGACGUGCAGGCUGAACUGGACCGCAUCUCCAGCAAGUCUGACCCAGAUGCUCCGUCCACCACUUCUGUGGCACCUCCUGGCGACACGGAGGAAUCCUGAGAGUGAAAGGGAGGGAGGGCGGCUUGGCAGGGCUCCGCUACCCCUCUCCUCCUCACGCGCCAGUCUCCCCAUCCCCAACCCCUGUCUGUCUUUUUCUCCUUCCUUCUUGCGCAGACACACUAGUGGAAUUCUCUGUGACCACCCUGUUCACGGGAGGUCUGCCACAGUCAGGAAAGGAGAACUCGGCAGGCUGGAGGGAUGGCCUACGGGGAGUGUGAGCAGGAGGCUCCAGCUCUGGAGUCCAUGGACGGAUGUGGCCACUGCCUCUAGUUUACUUUGUUUACCUAUGUUUGUUACCACAAAGGGGUAGUUGCUCCCGUCAGGGAGUACCUUCCUGCUCGGCCACAGGAGCCGAUUUUAUUUCAGCUCAAAGUUGCUCAAAAUUCCCAGUAUUAAAGCUUAGCUUGAACCCGCUGCACAUAAAAUGCAUGUUGCUGUGGCCAAAGGCGGGAAUGUAAAUCCUCAGUGGGUCAUCUUGAGGAAGCAGAAGGGAAAUUUGUGACAUCUGUGCUACUGUUCAUACGGGGUGUAAUCAAUUCACAGUAUGUUUUUAUUUAUUUCUUUUUUAAAGUGGGAUAAAUUGGCUAAAGUUAUUAGUUGUUAUUUUGUGUGUUUGUAGGUCCAUGCAGCCCACUGUGGGAUUAUUAGUACAAAUUUAAAUAUACCAAUUAGACAGUUGUUUGCCGGACUGCUGAGGACACAUGAUGAGGGAAUAAGUAGAAGCAGAAGGAAGACUAAAGAAUUUGCAAGCAAUAAAAAAAAAACAAGGGGGGGAAAAUUAAAUGUUUCACACACCCUUUUCAUUGUCAUCUGUCACCUGGGAAAUUACAGAGUUUGUGUCCCGUUCGCUGUGAUCACUCCAAGUGCUUGCAGAUGCAGUGCACCACGUCGCCAUUAGGGGGCAGUGCUCUUUGUGAGGAAGAUGGGGGACACAUUGUACAACCGAUGUAUAACUUGAGCGUUACUGGUCCUGUGUUCCAGGUGUUGUGCUGUGAUCUCUGGAUCUUGUGUGUAACCAUUCAAUAAAGUGGUGUCUACUG